AUGCUGGAACAGCAACAAAUUCAAGACCGGCUGGUUACACCGAUGAUGCUGGGACCCAUCACCACACCACUCACCACCGUCUUGAACUGCCAGCACCCAAUCAUGCUCGCCGGAAUGGCGCAAGUCUCUGGGGGACGCCUUGCAGCGGCCGUCGCCAACGCGGGCGGAUUCAGCGUCGUGGGAGGCUACGAGUGCACGCCGGAGCAGCUCCGCCUCGCCAUUCAAGACAUGAAGCAGCGGUUCACACGGCCCGACCUGCCCUUUGGCGUCGCCGUCGCGAUACCCAAAUGCGGCGCCGGCGCGCGCAAGACCAACAAGGACGCCACCCGCGGCCGGCUCGACGAGCUGAUUGACAUAACCGUCCGCAGCGGCGCCCGACUCUUUGUGAGCACCGCCGGCGUGCCGCCCGCGUACGUUGUCGACCGCCUGCACGAGGCGGGGGUGCUCGUCAUGAACCUGGUCGGGCAUCCCAAGCACGCCGUCAAGGCGCUCGACGCCGGCGUCGACUUGGUGUGCGCGCAGGGCAAAGAGGGCCGCGGGCACACGGGCAACAUCCCGACGUCGGUGCUGGUGCCGGCCGUCCGCACGCUGGUGCUCACGGGCCGGCCGCUGCGCAUGCGGCCCAACGGAUACAUCAACGACUGGCACAGUCGCCGCGCCGACGAGAUACAGCGGCUCUGCAGCGAGGGCGUCGUGCCCAUGGACCGCGACCGGCAGGCGGGCAGGCCGGUGGAGAUUCCCGUCCUCAUGGGCGAGGUUGCAGGCCUGAUUACGGAUAUCCUGCCGGCGCGCCAGAUUGUGGAGGACAUGGUCAGGGAGGCGACGGAGAUGCUCAAUCUCGGCUGCGUGUAUCUUGGACAACGCAGCAGCAAGCUUUAG